GGCAACCCUCGGGCUCGCAGGGUCCAUGCCGGAAUCACGCCGGCGGGCCGGGCGGAUGUACGGGGUUAGAGGUCAUCGGUCCCGACCGCUCCUGUUUGUUUUUGCAGCUGUUCCUAGUGGAAACUUAGAGCAGGCGCCUGCGGACCGAGAUGGCGGCUAGCAAGCGGCCCGUGGCCCUACAGUGCUGGGAGCGCUUCGGCUCCGGGAGCCCUCGCAGCUGCACCAUAGCCCCCGACGGGAGCCUGAGCUGGGAGGCGGGGGGCGGGCCCGGGCAAGGCCUGCGAGCCGCUUUCACGGCCGUGUUCCUACCUCAUGGCUUCCCUGACAGCGUCAGCCCUGACUACCUGCCUUACCAGCUGUGGGACACAGUGCAGUGUUCUUUCCAUUCUUUACUUUGGGGUGUUAUGACAGGACUGGCAGGUUGGUGUAGUGGAGCAAGCCCUGGGCUAUAUCCUUUCACCAUCCAGGCUUUUGCCUCCAGCCUCACGGGCUCCUUGGCUACCCAAGCUGUCCUUCAGGGGGUAGGGGUGGGGGAUGCGGCUGCUUCUGUCUCAGCUGCCACCAUCACUUGGCUCUUAAAAGAUGGAACUGGCAUGCUGGGACGAAUUAGUUUUGCCUGGUUGAUGGGGAGCAGACUGGAUUGUGAGGCCAAAAAAUGGAGGCUCUUUGCUGAUGUUCUCAAUGAUGCAGCCAUGUUUCUAGAGAUUGUGGCUCCAGCAUUCCCAUCCUGCUUUACUCUCAUUGUUUGUGUCAGCAGCUUGGCCAAGUGCAUUGUGGGAGUAGCAGGAGGAGCCACACGGGCAGCCCUGACCAUGCACCAGGCCAGGAGAGACAACAUGGCUGAUGUUUCAGCUAAAGAUGGAAGCCAGGAGACUCUAGUGAACUUGGCGGGGCUGCUGGUCAGUCUUUUACUUCUUCCUCUGCUAUCUGAACGGCCAAGUCUCAGUCUUGCUGCCUUCUUCCUUUUCACUAUCCUCCAUCUUUAUGCCAACUUGCGAGCAGUUCGGGCAGUCAUCAUGGAAACGUUCAAUGAAGCUCGACUUUACCUUGUCCUAAAACACUUCAUUCAGUGGGGAAAGGUCUUAACACCCCCUUUAGCCAAUCGUAUGGAACCACUGUGGACAGGCUGCCACCCUACCCUGUCUCUGUCCCUGGGCGUACCCCUGCACAGCCUGGUCUCAAGUGCCUCUGAACUGCAGCAGGUGAGUGAGGGGCACCAACAACCCUACCUCCUUCGCUGGGACCGUUGCCGAGGCCAGAUACAGGUGACUUUGGGUCAGGAAGUAAGUGCUGGAGUCAUUCUGAGGGCAGCAACACAUGGACUUUUGCUGGCAACACUGUUGGAGGAUGUACCUCUCACAGAAGAGCUGGAGACCCUGAGGGGCCAGAUCAGGGCAGCCCCUGAAGGAGACAACUGGACCAUUGUCAAAGAAACUUACCAGAUCCUUGAUAGGCUCUACCCCAAGUUCUUGAAAGAGCUGCAAGCUGUAGGCUGGGAGACAGAGCACCAUCUAUUGGAGGUGGACGAGUGGCGAGCUGCAUGGUCCCUGGGCGAGAAGAAGACUUUGUGAGUGCUGCCGUCAUCACGUGAACCUAGGCAAGGCCAGAUGGGGACCAGAAAUGCUCUGGAAUUGGAUCGAAGGAAUAAGGAUUCCGGAGAAAAUGAGCUGUUCUCAGUGGGUAAAGCCUCUCCUUUGUCAACACCUCCAUUUUCUUUGAGUGGGAGAGCCUUUUCUGUGAUACUAUUUUAAAAAUGACAUUGGACUCUCCAGAUCUGUGAUAAGUUUUAUUUUUGUUCAAUCCCAAAGCCAACCACAUUUUAAACUGACACGAUAAUAUAAAUGAUGUAUGCAUUCAUUAA